UGUAUAUGAAAGCGGUCAUCUUAUUCUGUUGCUGGUGGGGGGGGGGGGUGGUUAUGCUGUGAGAAGCAUGAAUUCAAAAUAAUUAGAUGGCGCUUGCAACGAGGAGGUCUGACUGUUUCAAACCCCGAUCCUCCGGGCCACUUGGCGAAAGAUGCAGUCGCCUGCUACUGCUUCCAAUUUCCUCAACCUUUCGCACCCCGCUGCACCACUCUUCUUGUACUCUUAAAACGAGUACUCUCGCAGCAUAAGCCUCAUCUUCAAACUGUUUGUGCCUUGAUUCCAUAAUCUGGCGGGGAUCAUACUAGUUCUUGGAGUGCACUUCUAACACCUGAUGGUUGUAGUCAAUUCCUAGUCAACAUUGCGGUGACAGUGCACUAAAAUCCCUCAGAUUGUAACCGCCAUAACCGGGCAUCAAGGUUUCGCAGCCAGCGAAUCAGAUUGGAUUGAAGUUUUGCAGUUCUGUUGAAGGAAGCUGCAGAUCUGAGGUAGGAUUGAAGUUGCAGCGUGACGAAAGGCAAUUAAGAUGGCGGAUGUGGUCGAUGGAGCAGGCGAUGUUCAACCAACUGUGGAGCAGGAAUCAAGAUCGUUUGAGCUUCCUGCCGCGACCGAUCCCACGGAUGCGCCAACACCUGCCGUGACAGAGGAGUCUGAAACCCAGCCUCCUGCAGCAGACGACAGUGGCAGCUCCAGCAGCGAUGACGAAGCAGAAAGCAAAAAAGCUGAGGAACCCACCCCGGCAUCAGAAUCACCCGAUUCGGUAGCUUCUGCUGUGCCGGCCGCUGCUGCAGGGAGAUGGAAUACGUUGCUUGACAGGAUCCAUCCCUCUAUGAAGAAACACGCCGACACUGUGGCCAACCACCCGGUUGUGAAUACGUUGCGUCAGAGAGCCGUCCAGGCUCAUCAGACCGUGGUGAACAAUCCCUACGUACAGAAGGGCACGGGCGCCAUCAAGGCCAGCGGCGCCAAAACGAUGGAAGGAGGGAAGAUGGUGCGAGAUGACCCUAAGCGCUUUGUUUCCUUCUUUGCCGCCAUCGUCGGUCUCAUGGCUCUUGGCCUUCUCUUCCGAGUGUUGAUGCAGAAGUACCCAGAGUACAAUUUAGUAAAAGACGCAUAUGCCCAGAUAAUGAAAUUGGGGAAGGGUCACAAGGAGCUGUAGGAUGCCAGUCUCCUCAGUUUCCUUCCAGUUAAGCAGACGACUCGACAAUAUUAUUUCGGCAGGUGAUGGAGACCGUGUGAUUGUCAAACUUGGGCGUCGGUUUAACAGGAGAUGAGGCCACCACAACGGCGAGUCACACAAUCUGUUGUAAACAUGUUGUUAGCAUAAUAUUCCAUACGUGUCAGUGAUUUCGGUUGUGUAAAGAAUUGAAGCAGCGCAACAAUAACCUCGGAGCAUGUCAUCGAAGCAAUUCGUAAAUUGCUACCUCGAUUGCGUUACUCAAGCCUUAUGUAAUUCAUCUAGUAAAAGAGUGUAAUAUUCACGAAGUUAUACUCAUAGGGCAGUGCAAACCCAUGUAGUUAUAAGAUUAGGGUCACAAGUUCUGAGAAUGUUGUUACAGUGCUUUUUCAUCUAUCGACUAUGGCGAUGCUAAGUCACGCAGGAGAGUUCACGAAAUAAUAAAGUUGUGCAGAUAUUAUCUAA